GGGGGAUGUGGGAGGGGGUAGGGCAGUCCCCUUCAGGCAUCGGUUUUUGGGUGGCUCCCGGGGCUCCUUUGGAAGCCCACAGGCCCCAGCCAGCUCUGCAGGCAGGCGAAGGUGUGGAGGAUCCCUCUCCUGAGCAGAAAUGAAUCCUCGGAGGAGACACAGCUGACCUGGGACCUUUCAGAGGGCUGAAGGACAGAGCCUCCUUUUGCCUCACCAGACCCGACUUGGGUGAGGUCAGAAGAUUCAGACAACAGCAGGGAGGGCCGUGGCCAUGGAAACCUGGGUUUCAGUGCUGGAAGAGAGAGAUGUGAAAGGCCAUCUACAAAGAUGUGGAGAAUGGGGACGAGAAGAAAAGGAGGAGAUGACCUCUGGAUUCUGGACAGCCCAGGCCAAGGAAUCAGUCACUUUCAAGGAUGUUUCUGUGGACUUUACUCGGGAAGAGUGGGGACAACUGGACCCUGCUCAGAAGAACUUAUACAGGGAUGUGAUGCUGGAGAACUACAGGAACCUGGUCUCCUUGGGGCUUCAGGUUUUUAAGCCAGAUGUGAUCGCCAGGUUGGAGCGAACAGAAGUACCGUGGACACUGGAGAACAAAGUCCUCAGACCCUCCUGUCUAGAUUGGAAAAGGCAGCCUGAGAUCAAGGAGGCCUUUUCAAAACGGGGCAUGUAUAUGGAAGAGUCAUUGCUGGAAAAACUCAAGAGUGAUGAUCCCUGGAAUUGUCCCUCAGGACAAGUAUGGGAGUAUGAUGGGAAGUUCAAGAAGCAGCGCAGGGGCCAAGAGAAAGAGUCAAGGGAAGUAACAGUUGUCCCCAAGAAAAUACCCAGUGAGAUGAGAAGCCAAGCAGGUAAUUUGGGGAGGAGUUUUGGACAAAUGUCAUUUCUUGUUGCACCACAGAGCGUUGCUACAAAAAGGAGUCUUCAUCAAUAUGAUACAGAUGGAAAUAGCUUUAAACAGUAUUCAGAACUAAUUAAAUAUAAUGGAAUUUCCCCAGGGUUGAAACCUUAUAAAUAUGAAUACAGUAAAGCUUCCAAUUCCAACUCAUACCUUCUUCAGUAUAAUAGAAUACCUCCUAUAGAGAGAAUCUCUGAUUUUGACAAAUUUGGCAAAGCCUUCCCACAAAAGAAGCACCUUAUUCAACCUCAGAUAAAUCAUGCUGGACACAAAGUCUAUAAGUGUGGUGAGUGUGGAAAAUUCUUCAGACAGAGCAUGCACCUUAUUCAGCACCAGAGAAUUCACACUGGAGAGAAACCAUAUAAUUGUAACGAAUGUGGAAAAGCCUUCAGGCAGAAAAUUCACCUCAUUCGACACAAAACGCUGCAUAGUGAAGAGAAACCCUUUAAAUGUAGUCAUUGUGGUAAAUGCUUCAGUGACAGCUCGUCACUCAAUGUACAUCAGAGAAUUCAUACUGCAGAAAAGCCCUAUCAUUGUAAUGAGUGUGGCAAAGCCUUCAGUCUUAGUCAAUACCUUAUUCAACACCAGCAAAUUCAUACCACCGAGAAACGCUUUAAAUGUAGUGAGUGUGGCAAAGCCUUCAGCCUGAGUCAGUACCUUAUUCGGCAUCAGAAGAUACAUACUGGAGAGAAACCCUAUGAAUGCAAUGAAUGUGGGCAAACCUUCACACAGCAGGGAAGUCUUACUCAGCAUCAGAGAAGCCAUGCUGGAGAGAAACCCUAUAAAUGUAGUGAAUGUGGAAAAGCAUUUGGUCGGAGUUUGUAUCUCACCCGACAUCAGAGGAUUCACACUGGGGAGAAGCCCCAUAUAUGUGGUGAAUGUGGAAAAUCUUUUAAUGAUACCGCAGUCCUCGCUUUACAUCAGAGAAUUCAUACCGGAGAGAAACCUUGUAAAUGUAAUGUUUGUGGAAAGGCCUUCCGCCACACAAACCAGGUUACUCAACAUCAGAGAAUUCAUACCGGAGAGAAACCUUACAAAUGUAAUGAGUGUGGGAAAGCUUUCACUCAUUGUGCUGGACUUACUCAUCAUCAGAGAAUUCAUACUGGAGAAAAACCCUAUAAAUGUGACGAAUGUGGAAAAGCGUUCAAACAGAAAGUUUACCUAACACAGCAUCAGAGAACUCAUACUGGAGAGAAACCCUAUAAAUGUGAUGAAUGUGGUAAGACCUUCAGGCAGUGCUCAGCGCUAAUUUCUCAUAAAAGAACUCAUACUGGAGAGAAACCCUACACAUGUAGGGAAUGUGGAAAGGCCUUCAGUCAUAGCUGUAGCCUCACUCUCCAUCAGAGAAUUCAUACUGGAGAGAAACCCUAUAAAUGUAAUGAAUGUGGCAAAGCAUUUAGCCAAAAUAUAUUCCUUACUAGACAUCAGAGGACUCAUACUGGGGAAAAACCUUUUAAAUGUAGUGAAUGUGGGAAAGUGUUCAGCCAGAGUAUGUCUCUCACCCGCCAUCAGAAAACACAUACUGGGGAGAAACCGUACAAAUGUGAUGAAUGUGGAAAGGGCUUCAUCCAGAAGAUACAGUGUAUUCAACAUCAGAAAAUUCAUACUGGAGAGAAACCUUAGAAGUAGAGCUCAUAAGAAAGGCUUCCACUCAGUGCAGAUGCAUAAUCAUUCAACAUCAGAGAAUUCAUAUCGGGAUAGAAAAGUUAUAAACAUAAU